CUUGUUGAAGUUAACUAGGUGACCAGACUGGUUCUACUUCACCACCAUUAAGCAUGAGAUCAAUGUCACCUAGGAGAUUGAUAGUGACUGGGAGGAAGAUCUGAGUCAUGAGGAGGAAGAUACUGCAGGAGAAGAUUCUGGUGAAGAAUCUUUGAACAACAAACUGUAUAUAUCCACAGUUACACAGAAAGAAUUUAUGAACCAGCAUUGGUAUCACUGCCACACAUGCAAGAUGAUAGAUGGUGUUGAAGUGUGUGCCAAGGUGUGCCACAAAGAUCAUGACCUGGCCUAUGCCAAAUUUUGCUCAUUUUUCUGUGAUUGUGGAGCCAAGAAAGAUGGCAGCUGUAAGGAGUAGACAGCUCCAUUACCAGGACAGCUGUUGAGGCCCCGACCAACAUUACCACCACCAGAUAUGAGCCCAUUCUCCUUGAGAGAGUAUGUGAAGGGACAUGCGAAUGAUGUGUUUAAAGACUACACACAACUCCUGACAGAGAUGCCGCUCAGACUUCCACAUCAGUUGAAGAAGAUAGGAGACAGUGUUCAAGGUGUGUCUACAGCCACAUUCGAUGCAGCAUGGAACACCACACUAGCCGAGUAUAUGAUGACACAGAGAACACCAUUUGUCAAAAAACAAGCAAGAAAAUGGAUCAAGGGACAGAUACAGAGAGAUAUGUGACCUUUACUCUAUAGAGAAAAACCUGAAUGCUGUCAUUGAACAGUGUAACAAGAGUGGACUUCCCACUACCGAGCUUGCUCCACACAGUGUCAUACUGCCAUAUGACUCUCUACUUGUUCUUACCAGGACUUUGGCACAAGGCCAGAAAGAUGACAUUAACUGCAGGUCAGACAGAUGUCAAGGUUGAGUUUCGAAUUCCUAUAGUCGCGUGUAAUCUGAUGAUAGAAUAAGCUGAUUUCUAUGACAACCUUCAAGCUACCAGUGAGAUAUUACAGUGUCCACACUGCAGUGCCUCCAUCCCAGCUAACCCUGGAGUUUGCAGUAACUGCGGGGAAGUGUCAUAAAUGCAGAGCCAUUAAUUAUGAUAAGAAAUACCCGUUCCUGUGUAAUGCCUGUAGCUUCUGUAAAUAUGCCAAGUUUGAUUUCACCCUCACAGCCAAACCAUGUUGUACUGUAGAUCCUAUUGAGAAUGAGGAAGACAGGAAGAAAGCUAUAACAACCAUAAAUUCGCUGUUGGAGAAGGCAGACCGAAUCUAUAAACAGUUACAGCUGCAUCGUCCAGCACUGGAGAACCUGGGGAUCCAGGUGGCUGAGCACAGCACUGACAGACCAGAAGAUGGUGGUGGACAGGGGGGAGGAGUGUCAGGAUCAGCUGUGAAUAAGUCUAUACAACAUCUAGCCUUGAAAUACUGUGGUGAAAGCAAAUCCUCUUUUGACAAACUCAGCAAAAUUAUACAGAAAGUGUUAGCAUGUAGAAAGGAGCUGGUAGACUACAGAGACAGGCUGUAGCCACCAGCAGUUCCCCAGUCACCAGCCCUAGAGACCCACCCGUACUUAAACAACCUGUCAAGAAAGCAGAGAAGUUAGUGGCAAGCCAAGCAAUUGUUUUGGAUGUGCAAGUGCAGCUGUGGAACACUGUAUAACAUUGUUACGAGCUCUUGUCACCAACACCAACCUUAGACAUGUACUCUGUAGUCAG